AUGUCGGCCGAACUGGAUAUUGACUUCACGCGCCGGAACAAGAAGCCGCGCCCGCUAUCUGAGCAUGAGAAAGAGAAGCUGGAUGAAUUCAUUGACGCGAUCCAUUACUCGGCAAGAUACUCAGACGAUGCAUACGAAUACCGCCAUGUGCAGCUCCCUAAGCAAAUGCUGAAGGCUAUCCCAAAAGACUACUUUGACGGCGCUAGGGGCACAUUGAAGUUGCUAUGGGAAGAGGAAUGGCGGGCACUGGGAAUCACACAGAGUUUGGGAUGGGAGCAUUAUGAGGUCCACGAGCCAGAACCUCACAUCUUGCUCUUCAAGCGACCGAUCAACUACCAGCCUCCCAUGCACUGA